UGUUGUACGAAUCUUUCUUUUAAGGUUGGCUUGCUAGUGGGAACUCCAGAGUAGUUUAUAUUAUAGUAUACUUGAUAUAAGAUUUUAGUAUUAAAAAAUUAUUUCACUGGGCUGCACUGUGAAAUUAUAAGGUUAUAAAAAUUGAUAUUGGCCAACAUGAAUCACACAAUGCCAACAAUGCAUACGGGUAUGAAUCAUACGGUGAUGAAUUAUAUGAACAAUACCAACAUGAACCAUACUGGUAUGAACCACACUGGUAUGAACCAUACUGGUAUGAACCACACUGGUAUGAACCACAACAUGAAUCAUAACAAUCAUGCAACAUCUCAUGUGAUGAAUAUGUAUUUUACUACCAAUGAUGUGACUUUAUUCAUAGAGGGAUGGACAACAGAUGAUCAAAAAUAUUUGGUUGGUUUCUGUUUCAUGCUGGGAAUCAUGGCUAUUCUGUACGAAGGAUUAAAAGUAUUUCGACAGUUGCUACUCACAAAUGAAAACACUUCAUAUCCAGUUCAAACGAAGGGUUCGAUAAAUGGCGUUGUCACGCGCUCUCCGCCUUCAAUGAAACUUUUGUCGUGGUCACACUUUCUACAGACCAUGCUACAUAUGCUUCAAGUGUUCGUCGGCUACCUUCUCAUGUUAGCUUUUAUGACGUACAACGUGUGGUUGUGUGUCGCCGUCGUUGUCGGUUCUGGUGUCGGCUACUUCGCGUUUGGAUGGAAGACGGCUACGAUAAUAAGCAGUGGCGAUCAUUGUAACUAAUUCUGGGAUGUUAAUUCUGGGAUGGGCGUUUCCCUGCGGCUGAUAAUUCACAGGGAUUAUUUAUACUUAUGUUUUGUUAACAACAUCUAAUCAACGUUGGUGUUUUAUUUUUAUUUAAAAUAUUUAUUAGUGCUAAGGUACUAAUUUGCUGGCGGCUUGAUUCCAGCGGGUCUGGAUAUAACAUAAUUUUAAAUUGGUUUGUUGUCUCCUUCUGCGCUAUCCAUUUUUAUAGGUGUUUUUUUGUCACUGCUUUUCAGCCAUUGUUGUAAAUGUCUGAGUUGUAGGUUUUUAUUUUUGUAAAGAAAUAUUUUAUGUUAACUUUUUGUUGCACCAAGUUAGCUUCUAAUCGGCUAAUUCUCGCACAAUUGUUAUAGUUUGCGCACUGGAAUAUAUUUUGUGACAAAAUAAUUAUUUGAAAUUGAUGACUAGAAUUUGUAGGUGAAUUUUUUAUAUUUUUAGAUUUUAGAGAAUUAUUAGUCUUCUUAAAGUUGUUCAAUAAAAACUAAACAUUUUAAUGAAAAAUCGUAAAAUUAUGUUUUUUUU